UCCUAGGCAGGAGAAGCAAAAGAAGGAAUUGUUUGCGAGUUCAGUCAUCCAAAAAAGCUUCUUCCAUAUGGAGGGACCGGGUGCGCUGAGAGCAACGUUCCCUGCCUCGUCCUUCUGCUGCCGCCGCCACGGCCCCCGCUUCCUGCCGCGGGGACCCUGAGACUUGGACCGCGGGAGUGACACACACACACUCACACGGGCGCACACACGGACACACACGGACACACACACUCGCCCUCCGCAGCCACACGCGAUCGCACGCGCCCCCCCCUCCCUGGCCCGCAACUUCUCGGUCCCGGGCUCCUUUGUUGCUUCUGCACGGUGUUUUGUGUGUCCCCGGGUGUCACUGUGCGGGUUGUGGGUCUGUGCGACGCAGUGCUCAGUGGUUCUCUCCGCGCUGGUCCAAGGCCCGGCUCGCUCCUCCCAAGAGUCGGCUGUACUAGAGUCCCAGAACAAGCUUCCUGGAGCCCAUGAAGUCCUGUCAGCAUCCACACUACCUGAGGAUAGCAGCAGUGAAGUAGAAGUACCAGCAGACUGUUGCAGAGGAUUGCAGAAUCUCUUUGAGUAUAUUUGGUGACAUAUGGGACUUUGGAGUCUUUGUGACACUUCAUGCUGCCUGGGAUGAAGAUGACUCCGAGAGGAACAAGGCCCAAGGUCCCACUUGUUUACCUCCUCUUGGCUACCACAGGCUGCUUUGCCGACUUAAAUGAGAUCCCUCAGGUCACCGUCCAGCCUUCUUCCACCGUCCAGAAACUCGGAGGAACUGUGAUCCUGGGCUGUGUAGUGGAACCACCAUGGGUGAACACCACCUGGCGCCUGAACGGGAAGGAGCUGAAUGGUUCCCAUGAUGCCCUGGGCAUGCUCAUCACUCGUGGGAAUCUUGUCAUCACUGCCCUCAACAACCACACUGUGGGACGGUACCAGUGUGUAGCCUGGACACCUGCAGGGGCUGUGGCCAGCGUGCCAGCCACUGUGACACUAGCCAAUCUCCAGGACUUCAAAUUAGAUGUGCAACAUGUAAUUGAAGUAGAUGAAGGAAACACAGCCGUCAUUGCCUGUCACCUUCCUGAGAGCCACCCCAAAGCCCAGGUUCGAUACAGUGUCAAGCAAGAAUGGCUAGAGGCUUCCAGAGAUAACUACCUGAUCAUGCCAUCUGGGAACCUCCAGAUUGUGAAUGCUAGCCAGGAGGAUGAAGGGAUGUACAAGUGUGCAGCCUACAACCCAGUAACACAGGAAGUGAAGACCUCAGGCUCCAGUGAUCGACUACGCGUGCGCCGCUCCACAGCUGAAGCCGCCCGCAUUAUCUACCCUCCAGAAGCCCAAACUAUCAUUGUUACCAAAGGCCAGAGUCUCAUCCUGGAGUGUGUGGCCAGUGGGAUUCCACCCCCACGUGUGACCUGGGCUAAAGAUGGAUCCAGUGUAGCCGGUUACAAUAAGACACGCUUCCUGCUGAGCAACCUCCUCAUCGACACCACCAGUGAGGAGGAUUCGGGGACUUACCGUUGCAUGGCUGACAAUGGCGUUGGGGAGCCUGGGGCCGCAGUCAUCCUCUACAAUGUUCAGGUGUUUGAACCCCCAGAGGUCACGAUGGAGCUGUCCCAGAUGGUCAUCCCAUGGGGACAAAGUGCCAAGCUCACCUGUGAAGUGCGUGGGAACCCCCCACCCACAGUGCUGUGGCUGAGGAAUGCCAUUCCCCUCACCUCCAGCCAGCGCCUCCGACUGACCCGGAAGGCCCUGCGGGUGGUCAGUGUGGGGCCAGAGGAUGAAGGUGUCUACCAGUGCAUGGCCGAGAAUGAAGUUGGCAGUGCCCACGCUGUGCUUCAGCUGAGGACUGCCAGGCCAGGUACAACCCUGAGCCCCCAUCUGGACACCAAGUCAGACACUGCUACAUCACCUAUGCCACCUUCCAGACCUGGAAACCCUGACCACAUGCUAAAGGGGCGUCCCACAUCAGUACAGCCAGCAUCCCCACAGUGCCCUGGAGAGAAGGGGCAGGUGGCUUUUGCAGAGGCUCCUGUGAUCCUAAGCUCCCCUCGCACCUCCAAGACUGACUCCUAUGAGCUGGUGUGGCGACCGCGGCAUGAGGGUAGCAGCUGGGCAGCAGUCCUCUACUACGUGGUAAAACACCGCAAGCAGGUCAUCAACUCUUCUGGCAACUGGACCAUCUCCAGGAUCCCAGCCAACCAACACCGCUUGACCCUCACUAGGCUCGACCCUGGGAGCUUAUAUGAAGUGGAGAUGGCGGCUUAUAACUGCGCCGGGGAAGGCCAGACGGCCAUGGUCACCUUCCGAACUGGACGGCGGCCCAAACCUGAAAUCAUGGCCACCAAGGAGCAGCAGAUCCAGAGAGACGACCCUGGAGCCAGCCUCCAGAGCAGCAGCCAGCCGGACCAGGGCCGCCUUUCCCCCCCAGAAGCCCCAGACAGGCCCACCAUCUCCAUGGCCUCUGAGACAUCAGUGUAUGUGACCUGGAUUCCCCGAGGGAAUGGUGGCUUCCCCAUCCAAUCUUUCCGUGUAGAAUAUAAGAAGCUAAAGAAAGUGGGGGACUGGAUUCUGGCCACCAGCGCUAUCCCGCCCUCUAAGCUGUCGGUGGAGAUCACAGGUCUAGAGAAAGGCACCUCAUACAAGUUCCGAGUCAGGGCUCUGAAUAUGUUGGGGGAGAGCGAGCCCAGUGCCCCUUCAAGGCCAUACGUGGUAUCAGGAUAUAGUGGCCGUGUAUAUGAGAGGCCUGUGGCAGGCCCUUACAUCACCUUCACUGAUGCUGUCAAUGAGACCACCAUCAUGCUCAAGUGGAUGUACAUCCCAGCAAGUAACAACAACACCCCAAUCCAUGGCUUUUAUAUCUACUAUCGACCCACAGACAGUGACAAUGACAGUGACUACAAGAAGGAUAUGGUAGAAGGGGAUAGGUACUGGCAUUCCAUCAGCCACUUGCAGCCAGAGACCUCCUAUGACAUUAAGAUGCAGUGCUUCAAUGAGGGAGGAGAAAGUGAGUUCAGCAACGUGAUGAUUUGUGAAACCAAAGCUCGAAAGUCUUCUGGUCAGCCUGGUCGACUCCCACCUGCAACUCUGGCCCCACUUCAGCCACCGCCUUCAGAAACCAUAGAGCGGCCUGUGGGCACUGGGGCCAUGGUGGCACGCUCUAGUGACCUGCCCUACCUGAUUGUCGGCGUCGUUCUGGGCUCCAUCGUCCUUAUUAUUGUUGCCUUCAUCCCCUUCUGCUUGUGGAGGGCCUGGGCUAAGCAAAAACAUACAACAGACUUGGGUUUUCCUCGAGGUGCCCUGCUGACCUCCUCCUGCCAGUAUACUAUGGUACCACUGAGAGGACUCCCAGGCCACCGAGCCAAUGGCCAGCCCUACAUCAGUGGCACCAAUGGGCACACCUGUGCCAAUGGGAUACAUGUGAACAGAGGUUGCCCUGCAGCCACCAUGGGUUACCCAGGCAUGAAACCACAGCAGCACUGCCCUGGGGAGCUUCAGCAGGAUGGUACCAACAGCCUGCUGAGACAGACCAUUCUUGGCAAUGGAUAUGACCCCCACAGUCACAAGAUUCCCAGGGAUCCCACAUUGAACCCGGAUGAGGUGUCUUUCUUAUACACACUGCCGGGUGACUCCGCUCACCAGCUGCUACAGCCUCACCAGGACUGCCACCACCUCCAGGAACAGCCUGCUACCACUGGCCAGUCAAGAAUGAGGAGUGUGCCUCAGAGUACUGGGCUAGAAGCAACGUGGGAUCCUCUUUUCCAUCCAGGGACCCCAUGCUGCUUAGGCCUUGUACCUGUUGAAGAGGUGGACAGUCCUGCCUCCUGUCAAGUGGGUGGAGCAGACUGGCGUCCCCAGCACCCCAUAGGAGCCUACACAGGACAGGAACUUGGGAUGCAGCUCUCUCCCAGCCCACCAGUGCAUGUGUCUUUUGAAACACCACCUCCCACAAUUUAGGCAGAAGCCGGUAUCCCUGAAAGACUAUAUAUUGUUAUUUUAAAGAAGAAACAGAAAAUUGAUAUUUAUUUUUCUAUAAUAGCUAUAUUUAUAUAUUUAUGCACUUGUAAAUAAAUGUAUAUGUGUUUUUAUAAUUCUGGAGAGACACAGGGAAUCUUAUCUGUUGAGGUAUGAGAGGGAAAACAAGUCGCAACAGAACAUGAGUCAACCGGGAGAGCAAAACACAGACUGAGGAGGCAACUUUUCACUCAGAACCCUGUCCCUGCCUAGGAGGCCACAGGAGGCCCUCAGAGAAGUUGACCAAAGAAAGAAGUCUAAGCCCACUGCUUAUGAAGACCAUGAGGGAAAAAGCAAGGGCCAUGCAUCAUAGGCUGGAGACACCUGUGCAGAUGGCUGGAUCUGGUGCUACUGGACAUGUUUUCAGAAGAUGCCCAAGAGAAUAGACUAGGAUGUGUACUAUAAGCAUUAUAAAUACUAUAAGCAUUAAAAAAAAAACCUUCCAAAAUCAGUAAUCUGUGGCAACAUAUCUCUGUAAAAACAAACACUGUCACUGCUAAAUAAAUGUUUAGUCUUCCCCGUAACCUUCAACUUA